AUGGAAGCACGCCGUGGUGACGACCCUCCAAACGUUCUCCUCAUCGUAGUGGAGUCGUUCCGGUUCCACGAUUCGCGUUAUCUCGUCGGUGAUGACGACCCUUCCAACCUUUUCAAGGGGUCGAAUAUCACGAUAACACCCAAUUUUGACAAGUGGGCGAAACGUGGCGUUGCUUUGACCAAUUUUUGGUCCAGUUGGCGCACUAGCCGCUCAACGGGAGGGAAAGAGGACGUGGAGCUUGCUGGCCUGCCGCAGCUUUUCAAGGACAAAGGAUACGAGUCAUUCUUCACUACUGGAUGUCAGACGGAGUACGAUGACUGGAACUCGUUUCUACCGUCCCAUGGGUUUGACACCGUUUGGAGUCGCGACGAAAUGAUGAAAAUUGCCGAAAGGGAUCUGAAUAUUUCCUCUGAUGACUGGUACGGUGAGGCACAGCGAGGCCUUUACUGGGGCGUCCACGACGACUUGAGUUUCCAGAUUCUGGGUGAUCUACUCGUCAACAAGACACAAGAGCAGAGUGAGCGUGUGGCUCAGGGUGAGGACAAGAAACCUCUGUUUCUUACGCACUACACUAUAUCGAGCCACAUUCCGUUCCAAGAGCGCCCCAAAUGGUAUGCUGAAGCUGACAAACCGGACUUCUCUGCACUCUAUGCCGACGAAGAAUACACGUACCUUGUGAAAGAUUACCUCGAGAUGCGGUAUUUUACCGACAUGGAGCUUGGGAAAUUUAUGGAUCGCAUGGCUGAAGAAGGGAUUCUCAACGAUACCAUCGUUAUUAUCUCUGGAGAUCAUGGCCAAGCACCUGAAUACGGCUAUGACAAACCAGAAGUACGGGAUUUGUCAGCCACUCGAGUCGCAGGAGCUCUCGUCGCAGAAGGAAGACUCGGAGAAUUCGUCGGACUCAAGCUUGAAGACGCUGCCGAGCAGUAUGAUCUUUUAAAUACACUGGCUGACAUUACCGGUGUACCUGAGGGAGGAUUCUUGCAAGAUGGCGUUGGACGAUCGCUCAAGCGCAAGGUAGAAUUUGGAGAGCGUGUCGUGUUCAGCAACAAUCCGAGCCACAAAAUGUCGGUUGUAAGGGGCAACAAACGCCUGCAAUACGAUCGCCACUCGAACGAGGUUUUGCUUCAUGACGUGCACACUGACCACGACAUGACAAACCAUCAGUUUUCAGCUCUGAGCAGGGAGGAGCAAGAUAAAUGGCUCGCCUGGAGGAAGAAUGGUCGGUGGCUCAACUCAUACUUUGCGGCUCGAUGGGAUAACAAAUGUCUGCUAGCUGCAGAGUGCAGCAUGUAG